AGACCAUGCACUGUCAUUGUUGAGUUGACAUUGACAAAAAACACUAUUGUUAGGAAAGGUAGAUUUUUGUUAAGAAUACAGAAUUAUGAGUUGAAGUUUAUAUUUUGAAUAUGUGUGAGGUGCAGUUUGAUGUUCUGGCCGAAUUUUCAUUAAAAAAUCAAGAGGAUACAUUUAAUGUUAGUUUCAUUAGCAGCAGAACAUUUAUACGAACAAAAAUUUCUAAACAAUUUGUAUCGGCUGAACAGAGUGCUUCUGAAGAAGAUAAUCAAUUAGAUGAAGAGUUUUAUAAAAUAUAUGAAGAUUUGUCCAUACAAAACGUACAAACUAAAUCAGAAACUGAACAAGAAGUCGUAAGUUGUUACUGUAGCGCGUCUCACACUGAUAAUCUUUCAACUGAUGAACACGAAAGUUUAAGAGAGAUACAUACUGUUCCAAAAACUAUUCAACAAAGUGAUAGUGGUACAGAUCUUAACGAACAGUUUAUACAUGAUAUCGAAUCAGAUUGGAACAAAUUUUGGUCUCUAAACGGUGAAAAAUUGAUAUGGGAAUCUUGGAUAGAUAAAUAUAGUCAAUACAUCAAUCCAGAUUACAUUUCACAGAAAAAAUUGGGGGAAGAAUAUAAUUUACUUGCUGAAAGUUCUAUAGAAGAUAAUUAUACAUCACACAAUCCAAAGAAGUUUACUUUUAACGAAAAGGACGUUCAUGCUUUCACUACAGAUCUUCAACAGGCUUGUUUGAAACAAAUCGAUAAAAACCAAGGAAUAAAAAAGGAGAGCAGUUCAAGAAAUCAAAUUCUUUUAAGAACUUUAUCAGGUAGCGACGAAAAGAUAUCUACAGAAAUCUCAGAAGGUUGGAAUCCUCUAUCUCCUUCAAGCAUAGACGAAGAAACGGAAGCUGAAAGAUUACUAACUUCUAGGUGCUGCUCUCGCACAAGUAGUAGUUUGAAAACGAUAGAUUCCAUUACAAAUGUCACUCGAAUGACAGUUUCUUCUAUAGAUUUAAGCAAUAGCACAACCAGUUCGGAUAGUUUUUCUUCUGUCAGUUCGGUACAUAGUUCGGUCAGUUCGGAGGAUUCUGAAGAAGAUUAUCAGCAUCAGUGGAAUGCUUUAUGGAAAAAACAUUACGAAGAUCAAUAUUUAGAGCAUUACAAUAAGUUCAUUCAAUCUGUUAGUGGAAUCGUGGCUUUAGAUAAAAGUAAAGAAAUGAGUGUCAGCGAUCAAUCAAUAAAAACAGCUAUCCACGAUAACGAAGAAUCUACAUUAUUAGAGAACGAAUCUACACAUCUUGAAACUGAUGAACAAGUACCUAGUAUUUCACACAGCAAUAGCACAAGCGAUGAAGAAAGCGAAGAAGAAAAUACGAUUUAUAAAGAAAUGAUCGCUAUGGGUCUACCUACUACAUUCGGAUCUAACAAAAUAUAUAAAUCACAAAAUUUUGAUAAAACCGAAUGUAUUAAAAGCCCAAAAGGAAAGCGUGACUUCAACUCUAACAGGAGUAGAGUGAAAGCAGCAUUCAAUUUAAUAGGAAUAGAAUUCCAGGAAACUUCAAAGGAAUUAUUAUCAGGAGAAGUAAAUUAUAAGAUGAAACAUAUCAGACAACAAAAUAGACAUCUCAAACUACGACCCGAGGCAAAAAAACCAAAACAUUUUAUAUUCGAUGACGAAGGAAACGCAUUUCCAAAACAGGAAACAAUCGAUCACAAUAUAUUUUCCGAAAGCUCUGACAAUGAGCUUAGUUCUUGCGAAGAAGAAGCUAUUACCGGUGAUGCACCUGUAUCACCGACUGUGGAAGAAAAAAUUGAAGAGGUUCAAACAACAAAAAGGAAACGGAGGAAAAGAAAACAACCUCAAUAUCCACCAGAAAUUAAAAAUAAUUCCAAGUUGAGGAAAUAUUGGCAGAAGAGGUUCAGUUUAUUUAGCAAAUUUGAUAUGGGAAUUAAACUGGAUGAAGAAAGUUGGUAUUCUGUGACACCAGAGCAAGUAGCAAAACACACUGCAGAGAGGUGUAGGUGUGAUGUUAUCAUAGAUGCUUUUUGUGGAGCAGGUGGAAAUUCAAUUCAGUUUGCGCUUAAUUGCAAAAAAGUUAUAGCGAUUGAUAUAGAUCCCAAGAAAAUAGAGCUAGCACAAAAUAACGCCAAUGUUUAUGGAGUAUCGGACAAAAUUGAGUUUAUAAUUGGAGAUUUCAUACAAUUGGCUGGAGGUCUGAAAGCCGACGUAGUCUUUUUGAGUCCUCCUUGGGGUGGACCUUCGUAUCUUUCCGAACCGUUAUAUGAUCUUGAAACGAUGUUAUUGCCAGUUCCUUUCUCACAAUUAAUUGCAAGCGCAAGGAAGGUGACAUCAAAUGUGGUAGCUUUUUUACCUAGAAACUCUAAUACAUUUGUGGAAGGAAGUGAAAGGUACAACUUGUGGUUAUAUGUCAAAAUCCAUAAGCAUUAAGACGAAUGCCGGUGUUCCCUUCCAUAAUGGCACUCCAUACCAUUUCUGAUUCCCCACCUUAUGAAUACCUUGGUGGUAUGGUCUUGUAUAUACUGGAAAACGUCGAUCAUGAUCGAAUAGGCAAAAUCUGGAAUCAUUUCAGAACAUUACAUUCCACCGUUUGUGGUCUUCUCAGUCUCUAGUAAAUUUAAGUCACGCUAGCCGAUGUGCUGUUGUUAACUAGAGUUCGAUUAUAUAAGUGACACGUCUACAGCUCUGAUCUGCUCUUCUUUGAUUACUUCUUGUCUGUUGCUACAUUCUUAAUAUUCUAUAAAUUAAGGAUAGUACCAUUUGUACUUGUGAAAAGACUUUUACGAUCAAUGCAAUAGCACUUUUUGGGGUUUUAUGUUAAUAUUAGGGUUCAUUUUAAAAUAUUAAUUGAGUUACAGAGCUAGAUUGUGUAAUUGGAUGUAAAAGAUUUUGAAAUAAACUAUUUCUUGCAGAAACCUAAAGUGUUUUUUACUAAAAGUUUUAACUGAAUGUCAAAUUAUGCUUCAAUUUUGUAGGGGAGUGUAUUUCUGUACUUUUUUACUUAUCAAUUAAUGCCAUAAACUUUUUUAAUUUUAUAGUUGGCCAAGGAGGCAGGGCUAGGUGGAAAAGUGGAAAUAGAACAAAAUUUUAUCAAUAAAAAAUUAGUAGCAAUUACUGUAUAUUAUAAUAACUUAAUUAAGGAAAAAUAACGAUAUUUGUUACUAGUUACAAUAAGAUCGUUUUUAAAUUACGUAAUCAUAAAACUAAAAUGUGUUGUUUGAGAUUUGGAGUAUCAGAAAUGACGAAAGCUAUUUUUUACGAAAAAAAAAAAAACUGAAACAGUAAAAUGUUCCUUCUCUUCGUUUUAACCUUAUUAUUACUGUAAUGUAGUUAAUCUUUUAUUUGGCUUUUUAUAAACUAUGUAUAUAGAAAUAAAUCGCACAUGAAGUAUAAGCCUAUCUUAAAGCGUUAAUAAACUAGAAUAA